AUGGUGAGAACUGUGAAAAGUCACUCGGAAGUGGAAGAAGAUGAUGAUGACGAGUUCGUUUCGAGGACUCCCGAUAGCUCUUCUCAUAAAGUGAAAGUAGAUGGGAAGAACGGUGAUCAGAAGGCGAACGUGCUUAGGUCGAAGCAUUCGGAGACAGAGCAUCGUAGGAGGAGCAAGAUUAACGAGAGGCAAGCAUAGUUUGGCUUAGUUAAAAUACUUGCUAAUUUGUAAAAAUCUUACUAUUUGGAUAAUGACUGCACACUACUAUAGUAGGGUUGCUUGUUUUUUUAUAAUAUAGAUUAUAGAUGGGGCACAUGGGGCUUGCUUCUUUCUUGGAAAUUUCUGUAUGCUUCAACAUUGUGUUUAGUCCUUUCUGGCAUGUGGACUGUGAUUUUAUUUGCUGAGAGGAAAUCAAAAUGCCGAGAUAUUGGAAGUGUUUGUUUCCCCUUUUCUGAAAUUUAGUUUCAGUUUGGUGGAGAGGGAUUUUUCCCAGCGGCAUGGUGUUCACUUUUGAUGGGAAGCCAUUGUCCCAAAGUAUUGGAAACACACUAUUGGAGUGGGCGUUUCCGUGUGCCCUUAGGAAAUCAGUUGUACAUUACAGAAGAGGGUGCGUCUGGAAAUUUGAACAUGAGUUUGAAUUUGAAUGUAUUUGUUAUGGUUUAGGUUUGGAAGACUUUAGUGAGAGGUAAGAGGUGGUUAAUUUAUGCUCUUAGCAAGUUUUUCUAAUGUUUUAUCUGCUCCUGAACACUGUCUGUAUUAUUGAAGGUUAAUGAUCUCAAUUUCAGAGAGUCAUAUGUAUAGUAUGUUUACUAUGUUAUGCACGAUUCCACAGAUGUUAGCAGUUUAAUAUGUUGCCUAUGUCAUUUUAAAGUAAAAUUUGAACUUGUGGAAACAAUAGCAGUGCAGUGGUUAAAUUGCUGAAUGUGGUAAAGUUCCUCUGUGUUGGGUAUACAUCAUGUGUAGGUAGGUUGCACCCUUUUUACAUUUACUUGAGCAGUGUGGGAGAUUGGGGAAUGGGUCGAGUAAACUCCCCCGGGGCCGGAAAAAUCACAGACAAA